CGCCCCAACAACAAAUAUGAACAUUUUAUACAGCAAACUAUGCCAUUUAAUCUACUUGACUAUUAAUAAUGAAUGUACACAAUAACAAAAAAAUAUGAAUGAUGACAGGUGGAAGCGACGGAAAGAAACAAAGCCUACUAGGAUACGAACUUACUUCUUGUGAAGAUGCUAUAGUGAAUUAUUUGGUGCCUUCUGUUAGUGCUUGCGUUUUGUAUAUUUUACUGAUAGCUGUCGACGUCGGUGUUAUCUUUAGCCAUUUUAAAAACGACGAUCCCAUUUGGGCUUCUCUUACGUUGUUCAUUUUAUAUGUGCCUGCUUUGAUCAGUUUUGUUUUAGUGGUGUCUAAUUGGGCACUUUGGCCAGAGUUUGAGUCAUGUGGACGAGAAAAUAUGAUAUGGUUUUGGACAAAAGUAGGCGAACAUGUUUUCUUUCCAGUUUGGAGCAUUUGGAGGUUUGCAGAAAGAAUUUUUUGGUCGAUAGAGGCUGUACGAGCUAAGGAUGAAAAAAAUUUUAAAGAAGCAGUAUCAAUUAUUACAUCUCCCAGAUCAAUUGAACUAUACGUAUUUUUACAGUCUUAUACACAUGCUUUACCUCAAGCCUUAUUACAGCUAUAUAUACUGACAAGAAACAACACUGAAAUAAAUCGUCCAACAGAAACCGUACAAACGCUAUGUUUAGUUUUAAAUCUACUGAAGUUAUCAGUGACCACUGCCUAUUAUCAACGAUUCAAGUCCCAAAAACUAACAGGAAAACAGUAUCCCUGGUAUAAACAGUACAAAGAUUUAAGUUCAGCUCCUGCGUCCCCAAAUGAAGUUGUUUUAAGAAAUCCAAUGGUAGCAGUAAGUAGAAAUAUUAUAGAACGCAGUUCAGCGCUGGACCGUUUUGUUGAUGAAUACAACGUAGAGCCUCCAAGAUAUUCCGAGUUAAGUAGAAGAAGACGAAGCAGUGAUCUUUAUUUAGAACCUACCAGUUCUGGAUUGUCCAAUCGACAGACUCUGUUGGAAACAGAUUUUGAUGAAGAUAUACAGACCAAAGUAAAGGUGUUAGAUGAAGGUGUGGAUGAAGUGGAUAGUUAUGCUUCUCCAACUUAUCCUACAUUAAGAAAAACCUCAUUAGCUGAUGGUACGAAGCAUCCUCUGUACCGCGGCACCGAGAUUUCAGAUUACUCUGAACCAGAUUUCAACAUUUCUAGAAUUAUAAAUGUGAAAGGUUUAGAAGACGACGAUUUGGCAGGGAAAUUAGUAGCCACUGUCUGGUGGUUCGCAUUUUUGUUAGCUCGCAUAUUAACUAUAACAGUUUUUGCUUAUUUUUAUUUAAAGGAAACCAUAUAUAUCCUUACCAUCCAUGUUAUUUUGAUUAUCACGAUUCUGGUGUAUGACGUAAAGUCAGACGACGUUAAAAGAGCUAAAGCAGUUUUCUUCCUUUUUAUAGGACUUAUAUUUAUUUUCUGCAUUAUAGAAUUCAAAAUUAAGUUUAAAAAAGCCACAAAAAUCUUUUACGGAUUUUUCGCGUUGAUUUUCUUUGAGAAUAUGGGCAUGUGUUUGGCGUGGUAUGUGGGACAGGUCGAGUCUUUGGAAAAUGAUUUUUGGUUUAGAUAUGUAUUUUACAUUAUUAUUGCUUGCUCGGUUUUAAGUUUUUCUACAAUGGUUUUCUAUUUUGCUCUCAACAAACCUCCGAGUGUGGUAGUGGCUACAACAAUGAAACCAUAGCAAUUUUUGUUAAAUCUGACCUUCCGUUGAGUGACAUCAUCAUCAUUAAUAGCGUUACAACUCUUCGUGAGUCUUUGCCGCGUUUACUAUUGCCUUCCAUGUUUGUCGGUUAUGUGCCACUAGUUCCCAUUGUCGCACUCUCAUUUUCUCCAUAUCUUCUUUGACUGCAUCUUUCCACCUUUUUCUAGUCCGUCCUACAGACCUUGUUCCAUCUGGCCUUUCCCAGAACACAUUAUUUAUAAGGUUACGAUUGUCGUUACUGCGUAUCACAUGCCCUGCCCAUCCGAGUCCAUUGGCCUUUAUAUAUCAGACUAGAUUUUCCUUUCCGAAUAGAGACUAUAACUCGUUGUCUACCUAUUGUAUCUGCGCCUCCAUUCGUUUUUCACGCUCGCGCUGUCUCUGCAAGGGCCAUAUAUCAUUCGAAGAAUUUUAGGUUCCCACACUAGCAAUUUAUUUACUUCUCUUUUUGUUAGCAUCCAUGUUUCGCUUCCAUACGCGACUGCUGGUCGUAUUAUAGUCUUAUCCCUAAUAGCACACGACGUCCUCUGGACGUCCAAAAUAGGUCCAUUUUUGGUCCUAACGUCCAUGGACUAAAAACGGACGUCCGACGUUGGACGUCCUUCGGUGGACUAAAUAUGUACGUUCUUCGGACGUCCGUUGUUGGACGUCCUUCGGGUGGAAUAAAUAUGAACGUCCUUUGGACGAAAUAUGGACGUUUUCUGAUCGUCCAUAUUGGACAUAUAUGAAUUACGGGAUCAAAUAGCAAAAUAAUUUAAUAAAAUAUUAACUUAAUUAUGUUAAUAAAAUGGUUUAAAUCGAAAAGAUAAUCAUAUUUAAUUCAAAAUUGUACAGUUUAAUAUCCAAAACAUGUUUUUGUUUUUUUGUAAAGUGUGAAAAUCUUAUUUGUAAAUUAUUUGUUACAAUGUUUCAUUAUUCUAGUUACCAAGAUAACAUAAGUUUGCUAAUUAUGUAAUUCUAAUAAGCAAAAAUAUAAUUUUUAUCAAUGUAUCCGUACUACAGAUGAAUCUUGAGAGCAUCUUUUUGAAGUUGAAGAUACGUGCCCAAAAUAGGUCCAGUUUUAGUCCUAAUGUCUAUGGACUAUAAAUGGAUGUCCUUCGGUGGACUAAAUAUGUACGUCCUUCGGGUGGAAUAAAUAUGAACGUCCUUUGGACGUCCGUACUGGAAGAAAUAUGGACGUUUUCUGGACGUCUGAAAAUCGCCCCCACUACCUGGUUUCUUUGUUCAAAAAACUAAAACGAUAGGCGAUAGAUUUUCGAUUCACCGAUAUCAGUUCGAAGUUCGAGAGCUGAUCUCUCAGUCGUUGUCGUCGUUAGGGCUCCCGCCUAGUGUUUUCUUCAUCAACCACUUAUUUUCAUAAUUUAAGAAAUUAUAUUAUAUUUAUACGAAUUGUAUAAUAUUAUAAAUAUACUACAUAUUAUUAUGUAAAGAAAUGAAGACGCUGUUUCACAGCAUAACACAGCGUCCGGUCGCCUCAUCGGGCCAUUUAGAGCAUCAAUGCAUAGGUCCAUCCAAUGGAUUAUAAUGUGCCCCUAUGACAUAGGCGCAUAACAUUUUAAUCAACUACGCUGAGGAUUCCUAUUCCUGGAGUUUUUCUGAAGUGCCGAAGCAGUCCAUGUUCCUGAUUCCUCGACCGGAUGAGGAGUUUUGGAAGUAAUCAACCCCAUACAGCUCAUGGAGUUUUCCGGGGUAGCCAGUCACUUUCUGGUAACUGAACGCCGAAGCAGAAGCAUUCAGCUACCACCGUCUGGACAUAGCCUAUGGUAAACAUUUUAAACAGUAAGAUUUUUAAUUUUUGUGUUGUGUUGUCGAAACCUUAUUUCAAUAAACAAAAAAUUUCUUUACAAUUUUAUCAUAUAGGUAUAUAUUUGCAUUUUAGCACAUUUUUUGAUUAUUGGAUACUUUUUUAUACCUCAUGUAUAUUUUCUAUCCAAUUUUAUAUAUAUUUUUUUGAUAAUUUACGAUCUACGCAGUUUCGUUGAAUUUUUAAUUUAGUUCGAUAUUAUUAUACAUCUCACAAUAUGUUUUUCCUGUUUUCUGUAUACAAUACCCAUCGGUAUUAACUGUUAUUUAUGUAGGUAUAGAAAUUUGCGAGAGGGUCGUCUUAUUUCUGUACUUAACUCGGAGGUAUAGUAAAUUAGGUACCAUUGUUUAAACAAUACUAUUUUAAACAAUGUAAGUACAUUAUGUCGACAGUGUUGUUUUGAAUACGUUUUAAUCCAAUUAUUUUCUUAGUUGGAUUAUUCAAAUUUUUUAUAUAUUUAUUAUCAUUUAAAUAAGGACACAUUGUCUUUCAAACAAUAAUUGAAAUAUGUCAGAUUUUUAUAGCAUUCAAACUACCUACUCUAUUGCACAGUUACUCGAAAUAUUCGAAUUUUUACAUAGUUUUCAGUAAAUCACUGUUCAUUUGGUCAUUAGAUAUAAAUACAGGGCGGUUACUUCAGAUGAUUUGUUACAGUAGCAAUAUCAAUAGCUUUAGGUACUAUUUGAAGCAUUAAAUGCAAAACGUUACAUUGUUUAAACAAAUGUGUACUUUAUUGUAUUAAUUUAUUAUUUUAUUUUUAUUUAUAAUUUUAUAUAGAUAGUAAUAGGUAAUAAUAAUUGUAUAUUAUGUAGGUAUUUCUUUAAUGCUGCAUUCAUGUAUAAUUUUGAAAGUUUGUUUGUCCCGUUUGUUAUUAAUAAAUAAAUAUCAAUAAAUUAAUAUAUUAUAAUGUAAUUUAAUGUAAUUUGUAAUAAAAGUUCCUUUAACAUUUUUUUUUAUUUCCCAAAAUUAAAAAUACAUUCUUUAUUGAAGUCCACCGAAGGUAUUUUUUGGACGUCCGAUGAACGUCCAAAUAACGUCCUCUCAGGACGUUAGAUGGACGUUCGGCAGCACGACAUUGGACCAAACUGGGACGUCCUAUGAAGGUACACCUAUGAAGGGACACCGAACGUCCGAGGGGACGUUCGGUGGACGUCCAUUGGACGUUUGGCAACGUGGCAUUUGGACUAAACUAGGACGUCCGAUUAAGGUCCAAUUUACGUCCGAUUAAGGUCCAAUUUACGUCCCCUCGGACCUUAGAUGGACGUCCAACGGACGUUCGGUAGCGCGACAUUUGGACCAAAAUAGGACGUAUAAAGGAUGUUCCUCGGACGAAAACGGACGUCCUUAAAGUCCGUGAAGGACGUCCAUUGGAUGUCCAUGUGCUAUUAGGGAUAUAUCUGAAUUUUUGCACCUCGUGAAAGAAGUUUUGACUUCGUUAGAUGUUGUAUUGUAAAGAUGGAUCUAUUUCCUGCCAUUAUUUGCGUUUCAACUUCCCGCUCUAUUUUGUUGUCAUUUGUGAUUGUUGCUCCUAAAUACACUCCGGUGAGUGAAUGUCCAAGCAGUUUCCAAACUGUUAAUCUAAAAAUAUUUACCAAAUGUCCAUCUAAAGAUUCAUUUAAACAUAAAAAAUCCACGAGGAAAAAUGUUUUUAAUCCUGUGGUUGGCUGUAUACCACAUAUUACAAAAAAAAACAAGUAAAAUCCUUUAUAAAAGGUAUAUUUGUUAAAAUUUACUAAAAAGGGUUACAUCACAAUUUGUUUGUAAUGUAACUGUGGUGUUAAAUAUCACAGUUUGUGAUGUAGCCCUUUUUAGGGAAUUUUAACAAAUAAGUAUACCUUUUAUAAAGGAUUUUACUUGUUUUUUUUUUAAUUAAAAACAUUUUUACUUUUGCCCCAAAAUUCUAAAAACAUAAAGAUAAAACAUAACAUGUACAAUUUUUAUUACUUUUAAUAUUGUUUUAAUAAAUAACUUUUACUGUUAAA